AUGGAAGGCAGCUGCGACAACAGACAGCCUCUGCCGCCUACCAAGAAGGAGCCUUUGCGAGUUCGCAGCUUCUCUUCUAUGCGGCAGCACGAGCAGCAGCAGAUGGCAGCAGCAGCCCUGCGAAUCCCUAGGGGCCCCGGUCAGCACAUGCCUUCGCUUCAGCUGCGCGAUCCGAGACUGAAACAACACCUUGCGCACCCUUCAGUUCAGGGAAGCAGCAGCAGCAGCAGCGCUGUUGGAAACAGAAGCACUGUAAAGUUCACGCCGAAUGUAGCUGUCAAGCAGGAGACAGGCGCGGGGACAACCGCCUCCCCGUCCACUGCACAAGGAGCAACUGCCUUCAGCGUAGAUGCCUUGUUGCUGCGUUCUUUGCACAGUCACCAACCGAGCCCCCAAGGCCAAGACCGUUCAAACCGCCCGAAAUUUCCGGGGACGGUGAUGCGGCAUUUCAGCCCGGCGCCUGCGCCAAAGAUGCAGAGCUCAUCGCUGCAAAACAGCAGCAGCAGUGCAAAGCAGCAGCAACAGAAGAAGGGCUCACGCUCCAUUAGCCUCAGUGGCUUGGCUCUAGAUCAAUCACAGGGCCACCUGUUCCUCCCCAUCACCAUCCCUUUCAUUCAUCAAACACAGAAGCGCAUGCAGCAAGAGCGACUCAAGCAGGACACAGACAAGGAGACGUUUCGAAGCUGCAGCCAGCCGCACCAGCUGGAUGAGCUGCAGGGUAUUGACACUGCGGCAUCCACCCCUAACCACUUGAGGCGCAGUGAAUCGACAGCCGCGCCACCGACAAAUGGAAAAGAUAGUCUGCAGUGCUUCAAGCAAGAUAGCUAUGCUGACACUCCAGCUGCACUGCUGCUGAAGGAUCAGUUCUCCACGGACGGCAAUGGCGAAUGCUGGGAAGAAGACAGCAGGCCAGAAUUUGUGCAUCUCUGUUUUCCGGAGCUUCUGCCGUCUCUGGACAUCGCCGCAAUGCAGGCACAGCAGGCAAAUGGGCAAAACCAGACUCAGCAGACGGCAGCGGAGCACCAACACAGGAGCAGCACUACCAACACCAGUACCAGCAGCUCCAACCCUGUCAGCAGCUCUCGAAGAAACUGUCCUACACCACUGCACGCCCUUCCAUCUGGGCGUAUCGGCAAACUGCUCAUUCGCCGCAGUGGCCGCGUGCACUUGUGCCUCCUCACUGACGCCUCCCGCAGGAGAGCUGCACGUGGACGCGGAGAAGCAGCAGCAGCAGCAGAAGCAUCGGGAAGCGCAACAGCAGAAGCAACGCCGGAUUCGAUGAAGCCUAAAACUGAAGAUAAACAUCGACAGGCACCGCCACAGACCCCGUACACACUCCACAGUGAUGACAUCUGUUACGAUGUGCUAGUCGGCACUGAGGGCUCCUUCGCACAGGUGCGCGUUUCGCUGACAGCGAGCUAA